AUGACCUUUGUAUCUCAUUCACCGCUCAGGGAACUCAGAAAUAUAUAUAAUCAGUCAAACUCAUCCACCGGUCCCUGUUCAUCCGCCACAAAGGACCACAAUUCCGAAGUCACAACAGUGGAAUUCGUGCCCGGAAACGGAAAGGCAAACGAGACUACGAGUACACAAAAACCAAGACAAUAUCGCAAAGCCCGGGCCUAUUUUCAACCGCAACAUAUGAAGUGUUUAGAAACAUUUUUCCAGAGGAGUCCCUAUUUAUCCACAAAAGAUCGUGAAUUGCUUUCGAAACAGCUAAAUCUGAGUGAAGAUAGGAUCCGGACGUGGUUUCAGAAUCGUCGUAUGCGCGAGAAACGAAACCCAGAACGUUUCGGUUGUCAUGUGGCCAAGUUUCACUCCGCCGGUGCCAGCACGUCCGUACCCAAAGCACAAUAG